AUGAGCGUUUCGAAGGCGACAGCGGGUGCGCUGUGUUUGUCCACCUUCACGUUACUUGUAUCUCUCUAUUCUAUUUACAAUAUUUACAAUGAUGUUCACGGUAUUUGGAUGCAACUCGACGAACAAAUGGUCGAGUUCAAAAUCCAAACCGAUGAUAUUUGGACCCAAAUGCUUGGUCUCGGCGCUGCCACGCCGUCCACUCGUCAACGACGUCAGGGCAAAGAUCAGUACGGAGCAUACGAAGCGCAAGGAGUGAACCCUGGACCAGUCUGUGCGUGCUUCUCGAGUGCAGCUAGCGCUACCGGCAGAGCAGCAGCCCUCGGAAGAGGCAGAAACAGAGGAAGCGGAGCAAGUGGAGGAUUCGGAGGACCCGGAGGUACGGGUGGAACCGGAGGACCGGGAGGAACAGGAGGACCCGGAGGACCCGGAGGAACCGGAGGAACCGGAGGACCCGGUGGAAGUGACGGAAGUGGCUCAGGGGACGGUACAGACUGUGGUCCAGGCGGUACUGGAGGCACUGGAGGCAAUUGCGGUACCGCUAACACGUACUCAGGCUACGACGACGACGACGAUCUUGGCACUGGUGGCUGUCCACCAGGACCACCUGGACCAGAAGGUGUUCAAGGACCAGAUGGUGUACCUGGUCACGACGGCAUAGAUGGCUUCCCGGGUGAGGACGCUGACAACUGGCAGAACGCGCCAUUCAUUGGCUGCAUCCAGUGCCCACAAGGGAAACCAGGGGCCCCGGGCGAGCGCGGGAAACCGGGUCAAGACUACGAGCAAAUCAUCCCUCGCCAGGGACCACGUGGAAACACGGGCGAAAGCGGCGAACCAGGAGAGACUGGGGAGCCAGGAAAAGAAGGCCCACCCGGCCCACCAGGACCACCCGGAUCAGAUGGCCCUCCAGGAUUCCAAGGUGCUGGUGGUCGCCCCGGAGAAGAAGGCAUCCCAGGGGUCCCAGGAAAAAUUGGAGACGAUGCUACAUACUGCCCCUGCCCCGACAGAGACCACAAGAAGCAAGUGGCCGCAUCGCCCGCAGCACAAUCAUCAGCAAGUGCUCCCGCGCCUGAAUUUUCCGCCGGAACGGGACAAUACUCCGGAGGAACCGGUCAUGCCAUAUCACAGUAUGGACGAUAA